AUGCGAAAAUACAUUUUGUUCAGUAGGGAAUAGUAAGAUUAAUAAACUAAUGCUCAAUUAACUUAAGAUUCUUUCAGCUUUUAGUACUCAUCAUUAAAAGAAAGCUUGAAUGAGCAAAUAAUAGAAAUAAUUGUUUUAGAAAUAUUAGACUACAAAUUGGUAAUAGGUAGAACUAUACAAUAUAUCAUAUUUUAUGAGUACAAAUCAAUGUCUGCCUUAUAUUUACUUGAUAUGAAAAUUCCAAUUAUUUAAAUAUAAGCUAAUCAAUAAUAAAUGAAACUCUAUGCUUUGAUUUCACACUGCGAUAAUACUAAUUUAAAUGCAAAAUAUAUCUUAAAUUCACUUAUUUCUAUUGACAUAGCUUCAUAUUAGUAAAAUGUAGUCUUCUAAUAUAAUGAUAUAGUAGAUUAAGGCUUAUUUAAUUCUUAAUAUUUAAUAUUUAGAAGCGGAAGUGUUUUAAUUAUAUUUUCUCUAAGCGAUUAAUAGAUAAAGACAUUAUAAACAAAUAUAUAAAUAAGAAGUUAUUCUUUUUUAUAAAGUGAAGCAAUCAUUUUAUUUACAGAUUAUAAUAAUUAAGUAUACUUGACAAAUCCUACAUUUACAGGUUAUAACUUAAUUAAUUUAAGCUCAAACUAAAUAUUUUAAAUGGUCAAAUCAAUUCUUACAUAAAGCUUCAUAUCUAUCAUUCAAAAAGACCAAGCUAAUUAAAAACAAAGUCUAAUAAUUUUUGGGAUACAAAAAUAAAUGGAUUCUUAAAAUCAGAUUUAUUAUACUUUAGGAUAGGUAAGUUUUUUUUUAUUAAAAAUAAUUAAUUAAAAUUAAAAUUUAUUAAGUAAAUUUAAGUUAUCGAAUAUAGCGGAUAAAAUAUUUAAGUGA